AUGUCAGCAACAACAGAAAAUACCUUUUCGUCUUUUAUCCGCCUCUCCCCUUCCAUCUACCUGGUUCCACCACGCACUACUACUACCACUACACCAAACGCUGAAACAAAAACCAACCCGCCACCAACAAUAAUCCUCUCUUUCUGGUACAGCGCACCUCCACGCGCACUGGUCAAAUACGUCGCGCACUAUGCCCAGCUAGCGCCCUCGUCACGUAUCAUCUUCAUCCUCAGCGGACCCCGGGAUUUCUACCUGUACCCGACGCUGGCAUCGCAUCGGCGGCGGCUAAAACCCGCGAUUGAUCUUCUCCUCCAGAAUCAAAAGUCAGUAGAUGAUAAUGACCAUGCUUAUAUUCAUCUCUUUUCCAACGGCGGAAUGUUCACAACGGCGCAUUUACUACUAGCCUACAAGCACGCCACCGGCAAACCGCUACGCAUCUCGGCCAUGGUUCUUGAUAGCGCGCCGGGAGUAGCAGCACCGUCCAAAUCGCUGAGAGCACUGGCGUACGGGCUUCCUCAGACGCUGAUUAUUCGACAGAUUGGGUAUGGGUUGCUGGCCAUGAUGGUGUGGGGAGGUUGGAUAGUCAGGAGGUUGCUACUCAGGAUGGAGGAUCCCUUUGCGUUUACGAGGAGGGCGACUCUGGACAAGGGGUUGGUGAUAGCGGCAAGCAGCAGCAGCAACAACAACUACAAGAAAAAAGCCGAUGAUGGUGCUGUUAUAAAAUCUUGCUACAUAUAUUCUGAAUCAGACGAUCUAGUACCGUGGAAAGACGUGGAGGAGCAUGCGGCUUGGGCUGUAUCCAAGGGGAGGGAGGUCGACUUGGAGAAGUUCAAGGGUUCGCCUCAUGUUGGGCAUAUGAGACAGGAUCCGGAAAGGUACUGGGCGAUUGUCGAGAGGUUUUUGUUUCAUUAG